AUGGAGCCUAAACUUGAAAUAUUCAAGAUACAGUGGCGCAUGCCGCAUGUGUUGUUAAACGAGGUGAACAAACUGUCGAUGCUGCGUGCUUUGGAAAGCGGACAAUACCUCAAUAUGGGAUUUCGUUCAUGGGAUCUUAAAACGGCUACUCAGCUCGAGAAGCCGCUGUAUCUUAUCUUUGCUCUGCAAACAGGUCGGAAGAAUAUCAUGUCACAGAAUGUGAGCCAAUUCAGUCACUGCAAAUUGAGCAACGUGAAACUCUAUCUGAAUUCGGAAUGUUAUCCAUACGAUGAUAUGAAUCUGGAUUUCGAUAAAAACAAAUGGUCGAAACAAGGACCGUUUGUCAUUAUCGAUUGCUCCCGACAAAACGAGUCGGUCAAGAGGGCGACUGUGGACGUGAGAUUGGAAUUUGAGUGCAAGGCGAAUGUGCCAGUGAAUACCACUGCGUACUGUCUCGUCAUACAUGAUCGUGUGGUUCAGUACAACCCGCUGACCAGCGUCGUGCGCAAAAUUCCCUAA